CUUGUCUCCAGCAAGUCAACACCGUUGUUUGCCUCACUCCCGCAAUCGUCGCAUAACUGCACGAGGCUGCACACCAACUCAUAUUAAGAGAAAAGAUAUUUCUAUUAACAAAUCUGACCAGACGCCCUCACUGUCGACUAAAAGGCAUUCUGUAACUCUGAAAGGACACCUUCAGCGGUAGAGCAUGCUUGAAACAUCGGACUGGAACAACCGGCACAACUCGGCCACGGAAGGCGGACCCGUCCGUAUCGAAACCGAUAGCACUCGAAGAAGUUCUUCCCAGGACAGCCGCGAGUCCAAAUCCGAUUCAGGCCAGAGCAAGCAAGCCGCCAACUCCUGCGAAGAUAUGAUUGUAGAAGCCGUAGACCCGAAUGUAAAUCUUUACAGCUCGGGAACAAACCAGCAAGUGCGUAGCGCCAUGGAUGCCUUCCAAGCGUUUCGUUAUCUAAGUGGGACUUUUGUGAACUCGGAAAAGGUCCAACUUUUCAUUGUAUCACUCAUUGCUAUCAACGCACUCAUGAUGGGGAUUGCCACAUUCGAUUUCGUCCGGGAAGAUCCAAGCGUAAACAACGCCUUUGAAAUUGUUGAUCAGAUAUUCUUGAUUAUCUUUACGAUCGAGCUCGCCAUGCAGUUUGCUUACCACGGUUGGAGGCUUUUGCUGGACGGGUGGCUCUGUUUUGAUCUAAUAGUUAUCGCCAUGUCCUGGAGCUUCUCUUCUGUUCAAAUCAUUCGCGCCUUUCGAAUUUUCCGUGCACUACGAUUGAUUACCCGAAUCAAGGUCAUGAAGAAUUUAGUGUUGGCUCUUUUCGGAGUCAUGCCUCGCAUGUUCGCGAUUGGGCUUUUGCUCUUUUUGGUAUCAUACAUUUUCGCCGUAAUGUUUACACAGCUCUUCAAAGACUUAGGAGAGCGCGGCCUUACCGAUGCUGAUUACUUUGGACGCAUUGAUGAUACAUUUUUUACCCUUUUUCAGAUUAUGACGCUGGAUGGAUGGGCUGAUAUUGCACGGCAGGUCAUGGAAGUAUAUCCCUGGGCCUGGCUGCCUUUUAUCGUUUUUGUUAUCAUUACUGGAUUUGUGGUGGUGAACUUGAUCAUCGCUGUUAUCUGUGACGCUAUUUCGGCCUUGCAUGAUGAUGAAAAAGCCAAGCUACAUGGUACCUAUGAGGACGACGGCACUUUGAAUCACGAUGAAUCGGUGCGUCCUGCCGUGCGUGAAGAUGUUCGGGCGCAACUAGACGUUCUGGAAGACCACGUGGAAGAGUUGACGCGUAUGCAGGAAGAGACUUUACUGACACUGGAAGCUUUGACCCGUCAACUGCAAACCCAGAAUGCUGCGGAAUCGAUGCAUACCAUUGACGAUCAUGAUAGUUGUACAAAUGGUAGUGGCUCUGAAGAUGACACACACGAAGGGGAACCACCAAAAGCUCGUGCCUAAAGAUAAUCGUAGUCGUUAUGCACGCUCUCUUCAUCCCAGAGCUACGCCACUAGUAUUUGAAACCAUUGUGAU